AAUUAUUUUUCCCCCAGGCCGACUGUACAGUGACGGGUACAGUGAAAGAAUUCAAUUUUGAGGUUGAAAUGCCUAAUAGUGAGUUACAAUCUCAAGUUCUGGAAAUCCUUGACAUAACAAAUGAAAUAAACGACAAGCUGGACGAUGUCAAGGGGUGUACAUGCACAAAAUAUCACGAAUCAGUAUUUCAUGUUUCCGAUGGCAGAUAUACGUAUAAUUUUGAAGACGCGAAACAGGCAUGUAUUGACCGUGGCGCCAAGAUCGCUACCCUGGCUCAACUGCAAGCAGCGUGGUCAGCUGGACUGGACGUCUGUGCGGCUGGAUGGCUAUCCGACGGUAGCGUCAGAUACCCGAUUCGGAUGCCCCGCACAGGAUGCGGUGAUACCACUGCCGCUGGUAUCCGCAGUUGGGGUUACAAACCAAAAACUCAGAAAGUAGCUGAUGCCUACUGUUUUAAAGUUUAGUGUUAAAUAAUAUAUGUAUUUAGGUCUAUAUACAGUCGUAUCCAUAUGAUUUCACUCAAUUAAAGUAGGCUAUAGACAUAUGCAUACGGAAA